AUGGUAGCUCACCGACGCGGCCCUUGGUCGCAGCACGAGGACCAGUGGCUUGUCAACCUGGUUGCCCGCAAUGGACCCCAUAACUGGGUCCGUAUCUCACAAGAGAUCGGUUCACGGUCACCCAAGCAGUGUCGAGAACGCUAUCACCAAAACUUGAAGCCCUCACUCAACCACGACCCCAUUACCGCUGAAGAGGGCGAGCUGAUCGAGAAGAUGGUGGCCGAGAUGGGCAAAAGGUGGGCUGAGAUUGCACGGCGGCUCAAGGGACGCAGCGACAACGCCGUCAAGAACUGGUGGAACGGUGGCCAGAACCGACGGAAGCGCAAUCCAGAGCGCCCUGACCAAAGACCCCGCGAGCACGAGCACAUGCAGCAUGCGCAAGAAGGUUACCACUACCCGCCUGUACAUCACAGCCUACCCCUCCAUGAGGAGCAUCAUAUUCCCUCGUACCAGAACUCGCGCAGACCCUCACUCAACUCUUCUAUGAACUCGCCUCAUGCGCUCAAGCUUCCGCAACCACGGUUCGAAUCAUACCCUGGGUCCCGACCACAGCCGCUCGACAUUUCAACUUUUGGACACCCCACCAUGGCACGAGCGCGAGGGUACGAGACACCUAUGCCUUCACCGUCUGGCUACUCCAUCGUCUCUGCUGAUGGUGCUCCUUCGUUGAUUACCGACACUGGGUCCGAGUCGCGCUCACCUCGUGGCGCUGCAUCGCCUCUCGACAUCACUCUCGCACCACUGGUAGGCAACAGGGAGGAGCGUAAGAACUCGUGCACACGCUACCUACCUUCGACUGGCUUCGCACCUGAAGAUGACGCACCCUACGAUGCUUUCAGGCGACGCGGCUCGCUGCAGCUGCCUCCCCUGUACCGCAAUGAAGCCCCGGCGCCUCAUGCUGCACCAUCAUUCAGGGAGCCAAACUACGAGCGACCUGAGCGGCCACAACUCAUCACUCAACCUACACCUCAACUCACACACCACCACUCUCUCCCUCAAUCAGUGCCUUUCAGCGUACCGCAACAGUCACUUCCCUCGUUCCACUCGCUUGCCGAGCCAACGCUAUCUGUCCCACACUCCGCAAGCGCAACGACUAGCCCACUGGCAAGGCACCUUCCGUCGCCAUACGCGCGACCAACUGGCUCAUAUGAAACCAAGAGCGCACCAGUAUCUCCCAGAGACAGGAUGAACCUUAAAAACAUCAUGUAG